UAAAACAAUGUCAUAUAAAAACAUGGAAUACAAACAGAAUAAAUCAUGCAAAUAAAAACUACACUCAUAAAUAAACACUAAAAUCAGAAUAAAACCAAUUAUAAAAGGCAAAUACAAAUUCCUACUCUGUGACAUAAGGGCUAUUGGACCAAGAAGGAGAGUGAUGGAGUGCUGCACCAGAUGACCUGGUCUCCUCAGUCAACUGACUUAAAUCCAAUUGAGAUGGUUUGGGGUGAGAUGGACCUCAGAGGGAAGGCAAAAGUGCUACCAAGUGCUCAGCAUCUCUGGGAACUCCUUCAAGACUGUUGGAAAACCAUCUCAGGUUUUAAUUGUGGUCUUCUUUGUUGGCAUUCUCCUGUGCCAUACUAACCCGCUUUGUUUCCUCUUUCACUGCAUUCUCUUUUCUUCUUGCCUGGCAGUUCCAACUUUAACAUCCUAUUUCCAAACCAACUCAAACAUACCUCUGUAGAAUAAAAUUAAGACUUUAUUGUGGUAUUUUGCUUUCUUUGUAUAAAUGUUUAACAGCAGAGAGAAAGCAGAAGAAAUGAGAGGAUGAAACAAGAUAAUUAUAAAUACAGAGCUUGAGUUCCGUUUUAAAAUGUAAAGCUAUAGUUUUUAGAUUUAGAUAACUGUAUUUAUCCCCACGGGGUAGUUGAGAGUGCAGAGUGGCAUAUAUACAGUUAAAAAGAAUAAGUGCAAGGCAGAUAAAUAAAUAAAACAUGUUGGUGGAGUUGCUCCUUCUUUUAUGAAGUGUCUUGCCAGCAGGGGGAACUAGAAGUUGGAAAGUUCUGGUUUAAAAAUGGCUCUUCUCCCCAUCUGACGUGCAUUUUCCAUUCUGUGCUCCUGCUGUGCACACUGUGAGCUGACUGAUAAUCUGCUGUUUGGACAGUGAACAUAAAAAGUCCACAGACUGUUGACCUAAGCGAAUGCUACUCACGCUAACAUCUGCCAACCUUUAGAGACCGCAAACACGAAGAUUCACACCUUGAUUAAUUCAGAGUCAGAGUCAGCUGACUUACAACAUUUAUCCUGCUUCACAGUGAAGUCACUGCUGACUCCUCUCCAGCCAGCUCUUAUGUGAUGGAUUUGGGAAGUAGGGUGGCUCAGAGAGAGAGAGAAAAAAGAGAGAGAGAGCUAGACAAGGAGGGAGGGGGAGAGAGAGACUUUUGCACAGCUUGCCUACCUUGUUACUCCUGUGCCAGCUCCAGCAUGCAUGUCUGCCUAUCUGUUGAUUUGUGAAUUUGUGUCUGAAUGCACAUCACACUUUGAUCUCUCAUCUAGCAGCUCAUCGAGAGGACACAGGAUCAAACGUGAAGGAGUACUGUGCUCUGAAUUAAGACUGUGAUUUGAUUUUGGGGGCCGAGUGCGUCUUUUAAUGCUGUGAGCGUUAGAAGGAUGAUUGCAGGAAGGACAAAUACAAGACAGCUAAAUGGACAGGAGCCAGCCUUCAUUCUGGAGGGAAAGGCCCCACUCGAGCCCACCAGGGGGGAUGGAGGAGGCAGAGAGACCCUCAUCCCUGCUUCUGCUGCACUGCUGACUCAGGCAGAAACUCCUGCACGCUGGCAGAGUGAGAGCCUGCUGGCAGAGUCCUGGUCCACAAUGGGCGAUGUAGACCCCGAGGACACCAAGAGCCUCGACAGCAGUGACGGGACACUUCUGACAGGGGAGGAGAACCACUCCUCCAACUCUGACAUGGUCCACCUGGAGCGGGACGAGGCUGAGAUGCUUGAGGAGGCAGAGAAGAAAGGGAAGCGAGCAGAGGAAGAGGAGGAAGAAGAUGAGGAGAUGCAAACAAGUAUGUUAAGUGUGUUGGGUGGGGAGAGGGAGCUGGUGGCACUCAGGGAAGAGGAGCAGGACCUCCAGGCCCCAGAAACUCAGGAGCUCCUGGUGUCAGCAGAGGAGCCUUAUAUGGAGCGUGAGCCAGGAGAGUUUAGGCACGUGGUUCCCCCGAUGGCCUUGCCUCCUCUGCCUAUUGUUAAGCUCGACCCCCCCUCCACAACAUCCACCCCAGUCCCUUCAACCACAACAUCUGAAGUAGAGGAGCUGUAUUCCAUUCAGGGCCUCCACCCUCCUUCUAUUCUAGCACCAAUUGCACCGGAGCCUCCAGCAGCAAGUGUCGGGCAACAACAGUUUUCACAGAUCCCCCUCACAGACGUGGAUAAACAUUCAGUUAAGGAGCCUGCAGAGAAGCUGCAGCCACGGCCAACUGCUCCCAAGACCAAACCUCUGAGCUCCACCGAGCUGCUUUAUGGAGGCGCUGCAUUAGUAGCAGUUGUGGGAGUGGUGGCAUAUAGUGCAGUGAUGUACUGCAGAAAGUAGAAAACCUCUCUCUGAAUCCCCCAAACCACCUUUCAGCACAUUUUUUCUCUUGUUUUUAAAUCUAUUCCAAACUAAAUAUUCCACCACAUCACUAUCCAAUUAAUGGAUUUUACUCUCUAACGCUGUUUGCUAAUUAGACACACUGAUCUGAUGUUUUUUAAUUCGUUUUGUGCUACCUCAGCUCACAGCAGAGCUUGUGGCCUUUGUUUUUCUGUUUGAUCUCUGAGGAAAUGUAUCCAAUAAAAUGUAACCUGAAAUACACAAAUCACUUUAAGUGCAAUUUUAAACUUCCCCAUACUUGAAGGGU